CAGCUGUCGUGUCCAAAGGGGGCUACGGCAAGCGACUUGGACCUUAAAAGCGGUGACUAAUCGUUAUUGCCAGUCAACUAUUCAAACAACAUAACUGCCCAAGGAGAAGAUACACGUUACAUUCAAGUAGAAUGAAGAGUGACAGGUCCAGUGUGCACUGGGGGGGUCUGCUCCUCCUCCUGUCCUGCUGUCUGAUUUGUGCUGAUUCUCACGGGGAUCCGCAGCAGCAGCAGCAGCCACCCGUCGUAGAGAGUGCAGCUCACCUGUCGGGCCAUGGUCAUGGUCGCCUGGACAAAAACAUGGUCCAGGACAAAGAUCACAUCAUGGAGCAUCUGGAGGGAGUGAUAGACAAACCAGAGAAAGACAUGACACCCCAGGAGCUUCAGCUGCACUACUUCAAGAUGCACGAUUAUGAUGGAAACAACCUCUUGGACGGGUUGGAGCUAGCCACAGCAAUCACACAUGUACACAGAGAGGAGAGAGGAGAAAACAGCCAACCAAUGAAAGAGGAGGACCUUAUUAGUCUUAUCGAUGAUGUUCUGAGGGACGAUGACAAAAACAACGACGGUUAUAUAGAUUACGCAGAGUUUGCCAAAUCACUGGAGUAAAGUGUCUUCAUGUUUCUUCAUGUCCACAACAGCAGCGAGACAUCUGCAGAGAAAGGAAGGGCCAUUAGUGGGCGUACAUGGAGCCAAGCUGAGAAGGUGCACCACAUUCUGGAAAACCAUCACUCAAUCUUAUCUGUCUCUCUCACAGGCGAUCGAUCAGGGCUGUUGAUAAUUUAUUUAGUUUUUUGUUCUUUCUAAGCUUGUGACAAUUUUUUUUCUUCUUCAAGCUGGAAAGCAGGAGCCAAUGGGGUUGUGCCAGUAAAUUUAUAAAUCACAGAGGGAAAUUUCUGCAUCUUCUGUUUUUGUAGGCUUCUUGAAAUAAUGCCAUUUUAAAAGGGCCAGUUCACCCAAUAUCACUAAAGAACAAACCUUAAAACCUUAUUGGUAUCUAAACAUAGAAUUCCAUCUGGCUCCUGUCAACGGCCAAAUAAAGUAAAGCUCCAAAUUUUUUCUUCGGGGACGGUUUUCUACCAAUGUACAGCUGCCAGUGAGAAUUGUCUGUGGACUUCAACUGAGUGACCUGAACAUUGAUUCACCUCCACUGCAUUGAAAUGGUAGCAGAGGUCUCAGCAGCAGAUCAGAUCAGAUCUAUUAAAAACUAUACUAACAAGCUAUAAAACAAGUUUUGUAAUUUGGGUGAACUGACCCUUUAUAAAUACCACAGUGCUGUAAUGUGUGUCUACUUGUGUGUUGUUCUUCUUUUAGUGGUGCUACACUUAAUUCCCUCUGGUAGCCCAGAAGCAUCGAAACAGAAUGUCAUCACUUUAAAUGGACCAGUUUCCACUUCACACUGAGCUGUGUAAAUCACUUACAUUAACUAGCACACACUUGCCGUUUGAUACUCAGCAUCGUGGACCAAAUGAUUCCUUUUGUGGAUCCAUUUCAUUUGCUGUUUGUGAUGAGGAUGAUGCGACUAACAGGCCAUUCUCGUGACAACAGAAAGUGGCCUUGCUAUGUGUGUAGGGAGCAGGAAACCUUGUUGAACUGAUGAGGUGGCUUUGAAGGAGUUUUUUUUUUUUUUUUUUUUGGUCGGAGCCUAAGGUUACAAGCAGAACAAGAUAAAAGUGAAUGUUCCCUGCAGCGUGGCGUGGCACAUCAGCACCUAACAUUUCUGAGGUAGUUUUUCUGUGGUCUUCAUGAUUAUUAUAACAACAAUAUGAGCCAGUUGCCAUCAUCCUCCCUGUAGCUGGUCAGCUAGCACUUCAUAUUAACCUGUUCUCAUAAAGUGAAUGUAAAUCAGCACCGUACUGUGCAAGGUUGAUUCUUUGUCACUGGAUAAGCUAGACUUAAAGCACACUGGUUGAUGCUGCCGCCAUUGCAGUUUCAUGGGUUUCCAGAAAAGCACUUGUACACAACUCCUUCGCUUCCGAUAAUAGCUGCCUUUAAAACAGAUGUGGAGACAACACUUCAGGUCUGUGUGUGUGUGUGUGUGUGUCAGCGUUUGUUGAAUAGAUCUGUGAUUUCUUCUGAAGUAUGAUUUUCAUAUGGAUGAAUUCUAUAUUUUUGCCAUCCAGUAUUGAUUCUUCAAUCAAUUCAGGUUCUUGAAUGCAAAUAUUUAAAAAAAAAAACUGAAAGCAUAACAGAUGCAACUGUAUUGUCUCUGGAAUGUCAAAUAAACAAAAGAACUACAAUC